AUGGAGCAAGAGCUUCCGGUAGGGUUUCGGUUUUAUCCAACGGAAGAAGAGCUGAUUUUGUUCUACCUAAGAAUCCAGCUCGGUGGAGGAGAUGCCACCAUUCACAGUCUCAUACCCAUCCUCGAUGUUUUUAGUGUUGAGCCUGCUCAGCUUCCAAAUCUUGCGGGAGAGAGGUGUCGAGGAGAUGGAGAACAAUGGCUUUUCUUUGUGCCAAGACAAGAACGGGAAGCUAGAGGAGGAAGACCGAGCAGGACCACUGGUUCAGGAUACUGGAAAGCAACUGGUUCACCGGGGCCAGUGUUCUCGCUGAAUAACCGAGUGAUCGGAGUUAAGAAGACAAUGGUUUUCUACACCGGGAAAGCACCUACGGGAAGAAAGACACCGUGGAAGAUGAAUGAGUACAAAGCAGUUGACGAAAGAGCUUGUGUAUCUACCAUCCCUAAGCUAAGGCACGAAUUCAGUAUCUGUCGAAUCUACAAAAAAUCAGGAAGUUCGAGAGCUUUUGAUAGACGUCCUACAGAAGAUUAUGGGGUAGAGAGAAAGCCUCCUAACAAUGGACUUGAGACAUCAUCUCGUGCAACAAUAUCAAGAUCACUAGAAACUUCAAAUUCAGGAGGAAACCAAUUAGUUGAUUUGUUGGUGAAUGCUACUACUUUACAAAGCAACUCAGAGAUGGUUGAUGGGUUAUCACAACCUUUUUGGGAAUGGGAACAACUGAAUUGGUCUUAA